CGACGAGAUCACUGAACCGUUCCUGUGCAAUAUAUCCCGGCCAUAUUUCGCGCCGUGUUAUAGAACGUGUUCGACCUCUCUGGGCUUACAUCGUGGAAUCAGUUUUUCUUGCCGUAAAUUCGUCGCUUUUCGACUACAAAAACAUAAAACAGAAUGGCUGAGUAUUCAGCAGCACUUGACAGGACGGUCCUGCAGAACUACCUGGAUCUGCCCUCCGAUGGACGAGUGCAGUGCACAUACGUCUGGAUUGAUGGUACUGGUGAAAACGUACGAUGCAAGACGAAAACCGUAGAGGAGGAACCUCAAAACCCAUCAGACCUCCCUAUCUGGGACUAUGAUGGAUCCAGCACAUGGCAGUCCGAAGGCUCCAACAGUGACAUGUACAUUGUCCCAAGAGCACUCUUCAAAGAUCCCUUUCGCCGGGGUAACAACAAGCUUGUCAUGUGCGAAGUCAACAAGUACGACCAUUCACCAGCAGAAACCAACUUCAGACAUUCCUGCAACAAAGUGAUGGAGGCGGCCAAGGACGCAGCCCCGUGGUUUGGCAUUGAGCAGGAGUACACACUGCUGUCCCAGGCAGGACAUCCGUUUGGCUGGCCCAAACUGGGCUACCCAGGACCCCAGGGCCCGUACUACUGCGGUGUAGGCGCCAACAAGGUCUUCGGCCGCGCCAUCGUGGAGGCCCACUACAAAGCUUGCCUGUACGCCGGCGUGAAGAUCGCCGGCACCAACGCCGAGGUCAUGCCCGCUCAGUGGGAGUACCAAGUCGGACCGUGUGAGGGCAUCUCCAUGGGUGACCAUCUGUGGAUUUCUCGCUUCAUCAUGCACCGUGUCUGCGAAGACUUUGGCGUCAUUUGCUCUCUGGAUCCUAAACCCAUGGAAGGUGACUGGAACGGGGCCGGCGCACACUGUAACUACAGCACCAAGGCCAUGAGAGAAGUUGGUGGCAUCGACCAUAUCCAGAAGGCCAUCGUGAAGCUCGGCCAGCGCCACAAGGAACACAUCCGCGCCUACGACCCCAAGGACGGCGAAGACAACGCGCGCCGGUUAACCGGCAAACACGAGACCUCCAGCAUUCAUGACUUCUCCUCUGGCGUGGCCAACCGUGGCUGCAGCAUCAGAAUACCCCGUCAGUGUGGAGAACGUGGGAUGGGUUACCUGGAGGAUCGCAGGCCGUCGUCCAACUGCGACCCAUACCGAGUCACCGAAGCCAUGGUCAGGACAACCGUGCUCGAUGACUGGGAAGCGACGUUUUAACUCAAAAAAUGCCCCUCGCAGAAUAUCUUCCGAAACUCUAUUGACCAUGUACAUGUGUCAGUUCCAAUUGGUCAAAAGUUGUAUCUAUUAACACUUGAUUCUGGUCCCUGUGGGAUCUGAGAGCCCCGGCGUGUUGCUAAAUCAACUCGAACGUUUUAACGAUUGAAAAAAAGACAAUGUACGUUCUAAGUUCGGUCCAUUGACUGGUGUUUUUGUCGAACACGUUCAGUUUAAUUUAAAAGUUUUAUCCAAACAUUCAUUUGGGCAUAUCUCCUUUGCCAGUUAUUGGAUUUUGCAGUCUGUGGCCCUUAUGUCGUUCAAAUCAUAAACACUAAAAUUGUCAUGUAGCGGUGAUGCAAAAAUUUAUUAACAGCGAUCCAAUUGAAUCAAAAGGAUGUCUUAUAAACACUCUUAUCAACAUGUUUAAAAUUGUCAAUCCUGUUGCGGCACUAAUCACGUUGACUGUUCAGUACAUGUAAAUAUAAUAUAGGGCAGGAAUGUAUGAAACACUGCAGGGUAUUUUAUGCUGAAAUUUAAAUAAUGGCCACUAUGUGAAAUCGGACGGUCACAAUGAUAUGUAUGUUUAUAGUCUGUGAUUUAUUUUAGUUAAAAACUUUUUUCAAUUUUCUUCAUUUUUCAAAGGAAUUGUGUUAAGACUAAUCCAAGGAAAGAGUGUGGGCUUAUUCCUCGGAUUUUAGCACAAGUUAUUGUAUAAAAGUUAUUUUCCCUGAUUACUAAUUUUACUGUGUAUUUUUAAUCAAUAUAAUAAAGAUUAGUGUAAUAGAAGUUCAA